AUGCCAGAAGGCUCUGGGGAGCUCGACCUGAGACAAGAGGCGUCCGAGGGGACCCUGAGGCAGCAGAGGUCAGCGGAUGCUCACACGGGAGCUCUGAAGAGAAGUGCCUGUCAGCCCUGGGAUCUGCCGCUGCUUAGAGAACCAGAAACAUUCACAGCCAUCGCCUCUACCGCUCUCGCACAGCGGGUGUGGCACUGCGUGCCUUCACCGCAGGGCCUGCAGACUCGGCAGACGGAUGCCACGGAGCAGAGCUGUGAUCAGUGUGUGGCCGUCGAUCACGGAAGUGGUGCUGCAGUGGGCACCCGUUCGCGAUCCUCCAGGCCCAUCCUACAGGGACGAGCAGGCAGCUACGAAACCAACCUCCCACCAGUGCCCCUCCUGGGCCCUUCUGCGCGGGGCACCAGGCCGCAGGAUGAGCAGACCCAAGUGGCUGAUCCUGGGAGACCGCCAGCUCCAGAGCCUGCUUCACCAGCAGAGCUGGACGAGACUCGAGGCCACCUGCUGGACCAGCUCGGGGACGUACUGGCCAAGGGCAUCCCCAGGGGAGCCAGGUCCACAGGAGGAAGCGUGGCUUCUGGCUGCUGCCCCUACCAACCGGGCACUGGAGCUCUGAGGGGCGAGGACAGCGCUACCUCAGAGACUAACCCACAACUCCAGGCCGGACGCCCAGGACCCACACGGAGAGGUGCGAAGUGGCAGCUCUGGCCCCCAUCCAGAAAGCACAGCGUGGGCUUGGCACAGACGCCACCUCGCCGUGCACGCGUGUCAGCCUGGAAGACCCGGGACGCCACAGCAGCCUCCCAGCACGGCGACCCCUCACAGGCCGUUCCUCCACCCACUCGCUCACCCACUGCCUCACCCCCAGAUGGCCGUGCCCAUCAAGAUGAGAGGCCCAUCAAGCCCUCUCCCCUGCUCCUGCACACUUCCCGCUCCCCUCACCGAGACCUCUCUGCUUCCUUCCAGCCAGCUCCUCUAGUAAACUCAACACCGCGUGUGCCCUGGGUCGCCUGGCCCCAGGCCUCUCCCAUCGGCACGGCCACGCGUGCUGUGGUGAAGCUGCAGCUCUGAUGUGCACGCUCACACGGCACCUGUCCCUGUGCACCACAAGGGAGAACACACCAUCCACAACCACUGGCUCCCUCCGUCUUCAGCAGGAACCUCAGAGGGCUGCAGGCCUGGCCCACCUCCCCGACGAGCCCUGAGUGUAAGGCUUUGGAGACGACCAGCGAGGUGAUCCCAGGUUCCACGCCCUCUCAGUGC